ACUUCAAGCACUUUCUUUCUGCGUGCCUGCUCCAGUGGGACAGUCAGCAGCGUCUGCAAAGAUACCACAAGUCAAAAUGCCUGUAGAUUUGAGCCACUGGACCGGAUCUCUUGCCCUGCAGGAGGUCGAGGAGAAGCCAGCAAAGCCUCUGACCGUUAAAUACGGCUCCCUGGAAAUCGACGAGCUGGGCAAAGUGUUCACGCCGACGCAGGUGCAGAAUCGACCCACCUGCAUCGAGUGGGAAGGAUGUGACCCCAGUAAGAUGUACACUCUGGUCCUGACCGACCCCGAUGCUCCCAGCAGGAAAGACCCCAAGUUCAGGGAGUGGCAUCACUUUCUGGUGGUCAACAUGAAAGGGAAUGAUGUGUCCUCUGGGUGCGUCAUGUCAGACUACGUGGGCUCUGGUCCUCCCAAAGGCACAGGUCUCCACAGGUAUGUGUGGCUGGUGUACGAGCAGUCAGGCAGCCUGUCCUGCUCCGAGAGCGUCCUCACCAACCGCUCUGGAGACGGCCGCGGCAAGUUCAAGAUCCUGAGCUUCAGGCAGAAAUACAACCUGGGAGCCCCGGUGGCGGGAACCUGCUACCAGGCUGAGUGGGACGACUACGUCCCCAAACUGUAUGAGCAGCUGGCUGGAAAAUAAAUAAAAAGACUUGACUCUAGAACACGCAAGACAAGGAAUUACCAUGGAGGCUGAUGGUCUAUAGGAGAUUCCCAUUCUUGCAAGAGGCAAAAAACCCCAACAGUAACAAGCCUUUUUUUUUUUUGUGAGUGUGCCACUGAAUAGUUUCUGAAUAAUUCCAUGCUGUGACAAAAAUAGCAACUCCUCUGCAAGUCACCCACACUUAUCUGCAAUAAAUCUGUAAAACCC